AUGAAACAGCUGGCCCGCCGCUACGUCUACUGGCCCAGCAUCGACAAAGAAAUAGAACGUAUUGUCAAAGGAUGUGAAAAAUGUGCUCUCACACGUCACAGCCCUCCCAAAGUUCCAGUACAUCCCUGGGAUACACCACAAGAGAAUUGGGAAAGGGUUCAUAUCGACUAUGCAGGACCGCUUGAUAAUACAUAUUUUCUCAUGUGUGUUGAUGCAAAAUCUAAAUGGGCGGAGGUGAAAAUCAUCAAAGACUCACCUACUAGUGCAAACACAAUUAAUCUUUUAGAAGGAAUUUUCUCAUGUCAUGGAUAUCCUCAAGUACUCGUUUCAGAUAAUGCUACCAUUUUCAAAAGUGAUAUUUUUCAAAAUUACUGCAAAACAAACGGUAUUUUCCAGAAAUUCAUCGCUCCAGGGCAUCCGGCAACAAACGGUUUAGCCGAGAGAUCAAUCCAAACACUAAAGAAUCGCCUGAAAGUAGUCUCAACUGACCAAACUCCAAUCCAAACCAAAAUUCAAAAUAUUUUACAAAGGUACAGAGCAACACCGCUAGCUUGUGGUCAGUCCCCGGCGGAACUCUACCUGCACAGAAAAAUAAGGAUAAGACUAAAUGCCAUUUUCCCGUACAAACCUCAACCUUCAACUACACAGUCUUCACCUGCACGUUCACUAUAUGUGGGGGAGAGGGUACAGGUCAAACUUUUCAUCAAUAAUAAAAACAUAUGGCAGUUUGGUCAAGUAAAGAAGAGGCUUGGGAAAAGACACUAUCUCGUAGUUCUCGACUCAUCUGAAGAUUGA